UCGGCUGAACUGUUUUACAUCAAUACAAACCGGCUUUGCAGGUUUUGGUCAUGGAUCGCUGCUCACUAAUUGGCAGAGCAGACACCGAAAAAAUAGGCAAACGAAAUUUACAACUGAACCUUGGAGUUUCACAGCUUUUGGUUUAAUUUGCCAUAACUACGGUGCAGCUCCAUAUACAAUGUAGAACAAUAACAAUUCAAAGGAGAGGGCUGUUUGAAGCUGGCCCGCAUGUGAAGCACGGCUUGUUAUAUAACUAUGCACAUUUUCCUACAUCAUAAUUUCCCUGAUAUCUAAUGGUAUUCGGGGACAGGAAAGGACAUGAUGAUUUCUCAUUGGGAGAGCUGAAACGCACACAGACGUGAAUAUGUGUCCCCACCCCAUUUCACAUGGAACGGUGGCGGUAGUUCUGAGAAGCAAAUAAACAUUGCAGAAGGUUGCUUUUCUAAAGUGUUUCAAUAUUCUAACAUGUUGGACGUUCAAAAGCGCCUUUGCCUUGGUAUUGAGCGAGUUCCCAGAGCCAGCGAACUCUUGAUGGGGGAGAUGAUGACGCAAGCGGAAAUGUGAUCAGUUUCACUAAUGAGAGGAGUGCAUAGGCUGAGGGAUUCGCGAAUAGGACGCCACAUUUUUCUCCGGGCAAGGGGACGAAAAGGGCAUGGCUUAAAGCGAUAGAAGCCCCACACACUGGGUUGUGCAUUCACAGCAACGUAUCCGUAUUUAUUACGUUUGCGAUGCGAAAAAGAAACCGGCAGCGAACUUGAACAAGGCUUUGGAAGGAGGGCAGAGCGGUGGACUCCAACCCGAGUGGAAUUUGCGCUGCGAUUCCAAACGCCGGUGUUGCAUUCAGUUGAGGAACCUGCAGCCGAGGUCGCGGAAAGCAGUGGGGGGAAAAGGGGGCGACUUUGAUAUCAUGAUGGCAGCCUACCAGCACGCUGAAGAAGACACCAUGGUUCUAUUGACUGACAACACCUCCACGGCAAGCUCCAAAGACCGAGUCAAGAUCGAAUCGUCCCCGGACAAGGCGGCGGAUAAGCCCGAUCCGACUCAGAAACCGCCUUACUCUUACGUGGCCCUCAUUGCCAUGGCUAUUCGAGAGAGCCCCGAGAAACGGCUGACUCUGUCUGGCAUCUACCAGUACAUCAUCACCAAGUUCCCGUUCUACGAGAAGAACAAGAAGGGCUGGCAAAACAGCAUCCGCCACAACCUGAGCCUCAACGAGUGUUUCAUCAAAGUGCCCAGGGAAGGCGGCGGCGAGCGGAAGGGCAAUUACUGGACUCUAGACCCGGCUUGUGAAGAUAUGUUUGAAAAGGGCAACUAUAGAAGAAGGAGGAGGAUGAAGCGACCAUUCCGACCUCCUCCCACCCAUUUCCAACAUAGCAAGUCGGCGUUAUUCGCCAGUGACAGCUACGGCUACAUCGGCCCUCCCAAAUACUUGCAAACGACUUUCAUGAACAACUCAUGGCCGCUUGGGCAACCCACUGCGCCAAUGUCCUAUGCCUCCUGCCAAAUGGCCAGUGGCAACGUCGGCUCCGUCAACGUGAAGGGACUAUCGGGGCACACGGCCUAUAACCCUUAUUCCCGAGUGCAGAGCAUGGGCUUGCCCAGUAUGGUGAACUCCUAUAACGGCAUGACCCACCACCACCACCACCCGCAUCCCCAACAACUCAGCCCGGCCCCUCCACCUUCUUCCAGCAAUCCAGCCGGUCUACAAUUCCCCUGCGCAAGGCAGCCGGCCGACCUCUCCAUGAUGCAUUGCUCGUAUUGGGACCACGACAGCAAACACAACUCAUUACACCCACGGAUAGACAUUUAAGAGAUGAAAAAAAAUAACCCGGCAAGAUAUUGUUACCUAAUUGAAUUGCCCCCAAAUCCAUCCACCUCUCUUUAAAUUGUGCCAAAUAUUUUCAGAGAUGACCCCGGCCAGGUAGUGUAAGAGUUUUGAACUUUUAUCUUUCAAACACAAGAAAAAAAAUGGGAUACCCAAACUGGGUAAUGACCUGUCUUGUGUCUACUUUAAUUAUUUGUUACUUUAAGAACAUUUGUAGAUUUGUUAACUUUUAAAAUAUGCCGGACCAAAAAGUUAUCCAAUACUAAUGUUACGUUUCCUGGUGAAGGUCUUUAAUUUUCUUGUCACCAGGGAUAUUUUGAAAAUGUGAUACUCAUUGAAAUCAUUGAAUUUUAAACUUGCCGUCCGUGUUCCAUUUAGAACUGUUGCCACAAUUUUAAGCAAGUUUAUAAGACUGUGUUUAAAAAAAAAAAGAAUGUUAAAGCUCUUGUAACUGAUCUACGUGUUAGAGGCUCCAAUCGCUCUACAGUUUGGGACCAAUUCAAAUGUAUAGCACUUUUCCUACGUGUAAUCUCUCGAUUUGUAACCUCUAAUAAACUCCCCUGUUUUCCACGA